AUGUUGACAUCUACCCUAACUGCUCUAGCCGCGCUCAGCUCUGCAGCGAUCGCAGCCCCUGUACUCGACAAGAGGUUCAUCGAACAACCCGAUGAUAUGAACAAUGGCACGCUGUACUCAAUCAGUGAUUUCUCUCCUAAAGUCUUCGUUAAAACUGAUGAAUUCGAAUUGAAUUUCAAGUCCUGUGUUCAAUUCACCUACAAGCUACUGAAGCCUAAAGUUCGACUCCGUGCCUACACCUGCCUUCUCUCCGAAGGAGGUUUUUGCACCCUCGAUAAAUUCUCUUAUCCCAAGGAUCGAGAAGGAUGCGCCUAUCUACGCCCUUGGCUCUAUCCAUUAGACAGAUAUUCAUUCUACUUCGUGCUAGAACGUCGCGCACGAAAAUACAAUGACGCUAGGAAGAGAGCUCGACGAGUUUCUCGAAAGACUGGACGAUUAUCCAAUACGCCUUUUGGGCAUAUGCAACUCUAUGGGGUCGUACCAUGUGACCAAGUG